CACAUCUAAUACAUCCAUACUCGCCCUUAUUUGCGCUCACACAAGUUAUCUUCCGCAAGCUCACUUCUUCAUUGAGUUAACAACUAACUUGGCUUGAUUUAAUUUUCUAAUUACUAUUUUCAUCAUCAUUGUUGAUAAUUUAAUUCAAUUGAAUAUUGUUAUUAUUAUUGUUGUUAUAAUAGUGAACCAAGUAAAGUGUCUUUCAGAACAAGAAGUCUAUUGUCAACAAGAAGUCUCGGAGCGAGCAUGUGUAUGUGUAUGAGCUGGACUAUCGGAUAUCGAUAAUGUUCUCAAGCUUUUAUAUAUUUAUCUUUUCAUCUGGAUGACGUGCAUUGGCUAUCCUAAACUUCCAGAGAUAAAUCACGUACGCCUGUACUUAACAGCACAGACACACGUUGCCGGUAGACUGUUGUUAUUGUUGUUGUCAUUUCACCCCUCGUGGAUUUUUUCCUGCUCGAUGUACUGAAAUAAAAACCGUGUAAAGGAAAUGAAAACCCAUCAAGCUUGAAUGUUAAAUUAAAAAAUCUUACUGUAUAGAACUGUAAAUAUAUCUCGCCGCUUACAUUAUUUUAUCAUUAAUGAUUUUACACUGAGUACUUUUUCAUCUAUAUUCAUCGCCGAGUGAAAACAGUAUGACUUAGUGAAUAUUAAAAUCCAGAUAUAGAUACAGCUGAAAAUAACAGCAGGAAUAUUUUGAUUCUGAAUUACUAGGAGCAAGAGUCGAGGUGUGGUCCGGCACGCUGUCCAUUACCACUGAUUCACUUAUUAAUACAAGAUCCUUGACAUUAAAUCAUCAGAGAUCUCGGUUGAUGAACGAUUAAUCAUGGCUACCAAUUUAUGACAAAUCCGGGAGUAUCCAGCAUCCAACAUCCAACUGCGCAAGGUGACCAGCUGAUACGCUACCGACAGUUACAUUUGUCUCGACAAAACGCCGCUUUUCUUGUACAGUAAUUACAUUGAUACUAAAGACAACAAUCAGACUGGAACGUAUCUGGAAAAACAUAUCGUUUAAAUCUUCUGGCAAACAAAGUGGCUAGAAGCGUAAGUCCGUUAGCCAACCAGGUGUGCUCCAGGUUGGAGUCACAGGUGUCAAAAGAGACACUUGUAUCGAGGCGCAUGCCUUACCUCGGGCCUGAAAUGACAACCCGGCUGUCCGCCAUGUUUUACACGGUCGAGGUCGGGGACACCAAGUUUACUAUCCUCAAGCGGUACCAAAAUCUCAAGCCCAUUGGCUCUGGGGCUCAAGGAAUCGUUUGUGCCGCCUACGACACGGUCACGCAGCAAAAUGUUGCUAUUAAGAAACUGUCAAGGCCCUUUCAGAACGUGACACACGCCAAAAGAGCAUACAGGGAAUUUAAACUUAUGAAACUUGUCAAUCAUAAAAAUAUUAUUGGUCUCUUGAAUGCAUUUACGCCGCAAAGGUCAUUGGAUGAAUUUCAAGACGUUUACUUGGUAAUGGAGCUGAUGGACGCAAAUCUGUGCCAAGUAAUUCAAAUGGAUUUGGACCAUGAGCGUAUGUCCUAUCUCCUUUAUCAGAUGCUCUGUGGCAUUAAGCAUCUCCAUUCAGCCGGUAUUAUUCACAGAGAUUUGAAGCCAAGCAAUAUAGUCGUUAAAUCAGACUGCACACUGAAGAUUCUAGACUUUGGUCUCGCGCGAACUGCUGGAACGACGUUCAUGAUGACACCCUAUGUUGUCACGCGCUACUACCGAGCACCUGAGGUUAUCCUGGGUAUGGGUUACAAGGAGAAUGUCGAUAUUUGGUCUGUCGGAUGCAUCAUGGGUGAGAUGAUCCGCGGAGGAGUUCUUUUUCCUGGUACUGAUCAUAUUGAUCAGUGGAAUAAAAUUAUUGAGCAACUCGGGACGCCGGCUCAAGAAUUCAUGCAACGACUGCAGCCAACGGUGAGGAAUUACGUAGAGAACAGGCCUCGAUACCCAGGGUAUCCUUUCGAGAGGCUAUUCCCGGAUAUUCUGUUUCCCACGGACUCCUCGGAGCACAAUAGACUGAAGGCGAGUCAAGCCAGGGACCUGCUCUCGCGCAUGCUAGUCAUCGAUCCCGAACGUCGCAUCUCGGUCGAUGACGCUUUAUUGCACAAUUACAUCAACGUCUGGUACGAUGAGGGUGAGGUCAACGCUCCUGCACCGGGUCCUUACGACCACAGUGUCGAUGAACGGGAGCACACAGUCGAUCAGUGGAAGGAACUGAUUUAUCAGGAGGUAAUGGAAUACGAGACAAGUCACAAUCCUGCGGCGACCGCCCAAUCAUCCGUGGAUCCAGUUGCUGGCUCACGGUAGACAUUGCACAUUAGACAAAGGGAUCAUCUGUAUCUACGUUUCCAAUUUAUUAAUAAAAAAAACUGAUUAUUAUUGAUAAUUGGUUUUUCAAACAACAUCACCGCAACACAAAUUUUACUCUACAUACUACCACUAAUUAUUAUUAUUAUUCAAUAUAAAUUUAUACACAUUCAACUAUUCCGCCCGCUCGAUUAAAAAAUCACGACUCGUCUUCACUUUCUUCUCAUAAAUUUUUUGACACUUAGUUUGUUGUACUUCACCUAUUUAUUUGUCAGUAGUAUGUCUACAACAUGGAAUUCUAUUGAAUUAUUACUUGAUAUAUUUUGGACAGUGCUCGUUGAUUAUUUAAAAAAAAAAAAAACGCGAGUGAAGAAAUUAUUUAGAAGAAGGUGAUUAUUCAAGCGAGUCGAUUUAAGACUAGACGUUUAGUUGAUAAUAAUGUUUUUGAGCCCUUUACUUGUGUAUCACAGGCUAUUAUUAUUAUUAUAUAUAUAUAUAUAAAUAUAUAAAUAAAUUAAAAUGAAAAAUAAAAUAAAAAAAUAAUUAAUUUAAUAACGGGCGCAGAGAUAUGGACGUUUUAAUUAUAGUGUGUUUUGUGCUUAAGUGAUAAAUUUUAUAAUAAUUUAUUCCAACUGCCCUGACAAUUACGUUCUUUAAAAGUGUACAGUCGCUACUGAGUUUUUAUAUUAAUUCGAGGAAUAUUUUUAUUAUUAUUGUUAUUAUGAUUUAUUUUUUUUAUUUUAUUUAAAUCCUCUGUAUCUUUUUUUUUUUUUUAUUCAAAGUCUUGUUGUACAUUUUACUGUCAGAGUAUUGGUAUGAAUAAUUGUAUUUAUUAUUAUUAUUAUUAUUAUUAUUAUUUUAAUUUAAGUAGAAUGAAUUAAUGUUAUUAAAGUAAAAUGAUUUAGUGAGACCUUUAGUUUAUUAAAUUAAUAAAGCGAGCAAGUACAGAGGCGUUAUUAUGGUAAUAAUAAAAAUUUGAUGGAAAAAAGUGUAAUAAUAAUAAUAUUAAUAUUAAAUUUUAUUUUACCACGAAAAUAGUUAUGUGAAUAUAUUGCUACAGUCCGAUCCAAAUAAUCAAGCUUUUGUAAUACUAAUUAUAAUAAUUAUAAAAUGAAUAAUAACAAUAAUAAUAAUGAUAACUAUUUAACAUUAAGAUAUUAUAAUUGCUAAUGUAAUUGCAUUGCACACGGUUAAUAAUUAUUGCGUGUACUGAGUACGUUAUGGGUAUAUAUAUAAAUAUAAAUAUAACUAAUUAUAAUUAUUGUAAUAAAUAUAAUACGACGCAGAUAAUUGAGAAAAUUUGUGUCACGAUCAUAGAGCUCUACCAAAAAUCUUUACGAAUAAUUGCGGCUUAUUGAAGGCAAUUUUUGACAGUACUCUCCAUUUUUUGAUAUUAAAAAAAAAUUUUAUUCAAAUUUUGACGUAAUUUUUCAACUUUUGAAUCCGCCAUUUUGAAUGGUCAUUCCAUCUCAAAAUUUAUUUAUUUAAUUGUGAUUAAUUAUUAACAAAUAAUAAUUUGAAAUAAUUUUUUUAUUAAUCUUUAUCAUAGUACAAUUGUAAUUACAUCAAAUUUUUUUAAAUUACUCCUUUAAUUUUUUUUUAAUUUACAUAAUAAGUUUUAAGGUUAUGAAGAAAUAGCUACAAAAAGUUGAAUUUUUAAAAAGUAGAGCGCGCUGUCAAACAAUCGCUUUAAAACCCCGCAUAAUAUAAAUAUAAUAAUUGACGCUUGCGUAAAUUUUACCGCCAACGUCAAUUAGAUUAUUGAUUAAUAGUUAUGAUUAUAAAAAAUAAUUAUAAUUAUAAUUAUAAUGAUUACUAGUAAUAACGUUGGGCUAUCCCUUGAGCUUGAGUUUUGAAACAUUCCCUCACUCCAUCGGACAGGGUAUAAUGGAAUUUGUACUUGAUGAAAAUAAUAUAAAUAUAAAUAUUUAUAAAUGUAUAAAAACAAAUAUUAAGUAUAUAAAUAUAUAUAUACAUAUUAUCGCUUUUGUAAAAUUUUGAUUAAUCUCUGCUGAGACUACUUUAGCUUAUCAAUAAUAUUUAUAAAGAUUUUUGGAGCCCGUGCUCUGCAGUUUGAUAAGUGAUAAUGUCAGAGACCGGAGGAUUUAUUAAGAAGUAUAUAUAAAAAAAUAAAUACACAAACAUUUAUUAUUAUACAUGAAAAUAAUAAACAAUAAACAAUUGUAAGGGUAAUUUUUGGAGGAUAUUUGCGAGCCGGCGUAUUUUUAUUUAUUAAUUAAUAGUUAAUAAUUAAUAAUAAAUGACCCACAGCCCACAAUUGUGGAAGAAUAUGUCCAUGUUGCUAAAUUAGAUCGGUAGUUUCGCGGAUAGUUAUGUAGCGGUAAUUAAAUUUGUUUCAGUUAAUUUAAAAUAAUAAUAAUAAUAAUAAUAAU